AUGAUUAUAAUUAUUUUUGGAGUCCUUCUCAAUAUUUGCUAUGCUCAACUUAAAUGCAAAGACUCACAUAAUUUGACAGUUUAAAUGGAACUCUCAAUAUUAAUUCCAAAUUAUAAUUGUUAUCUCGAUACAUCUUAAGAAACAUUAAUCAAUAUGACAUCCUAAAAUGCGACCUUAAUUAUUACAGGUUAAAAGAUCUAACUUAAUUAAAAUAUCAAUUUCUAAGGCUUCAAUAGUAUUCAAUUCUUAGACUUAGAAAUUGAUACAAAUACAUAUUCAAUAAUUUCUGAAUCCUAAAUAAUAUUCUCAAAUGUCACACUUCACAAACAUUGUCGUUUUAUUGCAUCCAAAAUAAUUAUUGACAAUGUAUCACUUAUAUAGAAUGUGUUUAGAAGUAGAUAAAUUUUCACUUCACCUGUAGAGAUUAACGGGUUAUUUAUUAAAGACACUUCAUUUUUUCAAAGUUCAAUCACUAAUCAAUUACUUACUCUAUAGAACCUCUAUUUAGAAUCAGUCCAUUUUAUCAAUUCUACAUUAGGCACUGUAGACUUUGUUAAUUAAAUUCUUAUAUCUAAUUCUUUUAUUGCAUCAAGUGAAUUCUUAAAAUGUAAUAUCACAUAAUAAAUUACAUUAUCUAAUUCAUUCAUUAUAUUGUCAUCCUUAGUUAGAGCAUCAGGAACUGUCCAUAUUUAAGUUAGAAAUGUUUCACUCAGUAAAGCAAUUUUAUUUAUUUUGGAUAAUGAAAAUUAAGUGUAGAUGAAAAAUAUUAACUUUUCAUUAAUCAAAUCUGAUUCCCCAUUAAUCAUUGUCAACAGUCCCUAUAUCAAUAUUACUGAUAUGAUAAAUUAUUAAUUAUAAAUUUAAUCAAUCUUUUAAAUCAGCAGUACUGAUAUGUUUAUUAAGAACAUUACAUGUUAAGAAAUUGAAGGUAGUAUUUUACUCUCCAAUCAAUCUUAAGAUUUGAUACUCUUAAUCAAUCAAUUUAAUUUGAUUUAAAGUACUUCAAGAAAACUAUUUGAUAUGAAUGGAUCAUUCUCUAUUCGCACUGGAAUUUUUAAAUAAAAUAAUUGUUCUUUAAUUAAUAGUAAGAAAAUUCGAGAAAUUGAGAUAGAUUCAUUAGUAUUCUCAGACUUAAACAGUUAACUAAUAUUUUCUAUUUCUAAUUCAAAUACUCUUCAUUUAACCAAUUUAACUAUUAUUUAAUGUGAACAAAUUAUUUUAGCUAAAUUAAAUACUAUUAUCAGUGUUGUCCUAAAUAAUAUUAAAUUAAACAAUUGUAAAGAAUGCAAUUUUAUAGUAUUAAAUUAAAGUAAUAUUUUUAUGAAAGAUAUUAUCAUAUUUGAUCUUUAAAACUUUUUUAGUACUUUAAUAUACUCAUUAAAUUCAAAUGUAGUAUUGAAAAAAUUAAGCUUAAAAAAUAUUCAAUCUAAUGCUGAAUAAAUAAUCAAUUUUUAAGAGGGUGAAGUAAUAGAGUUAAAUAGUUUAACAAUUAGUAAUAUAGAUUGUUAAUUUUGUGAGGGAAUAAUAAAAAUUUCAAAUUUUCAUUCAGUCUAAAUUUCAAAAUCAAAUUUUACAAAUUUAUAAACUCUUUAAGGUACUUUUAGAAUUGAAAAUACAACAAAUUUGACUGCAAUAAAUAAUCAAUUUAUUAAUAUAACAGCAAUAGAUGGGAGUAGUUUUUAUAUAUUGAAUUCCUCAAUAAAAAUUCAUUAGAAUGAAUUCAUAAAUUUAACAGUGAAAUAAAAAGGAGGAGCAAUUUAUCAUAUUUAAACUUUCAAUACAACAUAUUACAUAAAAAACAAUAGUGUAUAAAAUAUCACAUCAGGAAAAGGUUAAUAUGUUUAUUUAGUAACAGAAUCUAUAACAGCAUAGAAUUCUGAUUUCUAUAUAGAUGGUCCAGUAUUCUUGGAUAUUUUUAAUUAAAUCUACAGUCUUAAUAGUAUAAUAAGAAAAUAAAUUAUUUUAUCAUUUAAUAAUUUUAAGAGUGGAAAGGAGAUAAAAUUUAAUAUAAGUUUUUUAGAUAGUGAGAAGAAUAAAUUAUGUUCAUUUUAAGAUAACAUAUAUUUAAAUAAUUAUUCAUACAGAUUUGAUUAGCAUAUGUGUAAUUAUGAAAUAGCAUUUAUAUAUUAUUAAUAGGAACCAAAAGAUGAAUAAUUGGCUAUAAUGAUUUUAUUGGAAUAAUUAAAAUUGUAUAAUAACAAUCCAUUUUCUUUUUAAGUGUUAUUGAAAUUUUCGAAAUGUGAAUUAGGAGAAUAAUGGUUAAGAAAUUCAUGUUAAACAUGUAUAUAGGGAACUUAUAGUUUUGAUACAAAAGCUCCUUGUUAAUAAUGUUUACCAAAUGCGAAUUCUUGUCCAGGUGGAGCAUCAAUAGAUAUUAAGUAAGGUUAUUGGAGACCACAUAAUUUAACAGAUAAAGUUGAAUAAUGUAAAUCAUAAUUAUCAGUUUGCUUGGGGGGUACAGCAAACUUUACUUGUGGUGAAGGAUUUUUAGGAGGAAUAUGUUAGGAUUGUGAUUAUUAUUCAAUUAGAUGGGAAUAAUAAUAUGCAAGAAGUCUUUCUAAUUUUUGUGUUUAAUGUUAAUUCAAUUUAAUUGAUUAAAUUAAACCAGUUUUAGCAUUUUUAUGGAUUUUAGUAAUUUAUUAAAAUAAUUUAUUUUAGAUUGUUUUAUAUUUAUCUGUUUAUGGAGCUUUAAAAAUGGCUAGAGCAUAAUUGAUUGGACAUUAUCUUAGACUUACUGGAUUACAUUUUGGAACAAGAUCAACUAUGACUAUAGAUUAAACUGAAGUGUUAUUUAAAAUGAUAUCUACUUAUUUUCAAUUACUAUCAAUACUCUUGGUAUUGAAUAUCAAGAUACCUUAACCAUUUUAAUUUUUAUCAUAAAUUAUUGGAAAUCCACUUUAAACUUUUGGAUUGUAAAUUGAAUGUUUGUUAAUUAAAAUGCAAUUCUAAAUUGAAAUUGUAUAUUUGAAAUAAAUAUGGAAUUUAAUUGCUUCUCUUAUUUUUGUAUCACUUUUUAUUUUCACCUAUUUUAUACAAUCCCUUUGUAAACAUCUUGAAAACUCUAUAUCCACUAUAUUCAUUAAUAGUUUAAUUUAAGUUCUAUUUUAUUUUUAGGGAGAUUUAAUAGAAGGAUUAUUUGAAAUUCUAUUCUGCCUAAAAGCAUCAGAAUAAUAUUAUAUUUAAGCCUCGACUUAAUAUUUUUGUUAUUCCCCAGAACACUAAACAUAUAUAAUUGCAUAUAUCAUACCUGUUCUCUUAAUUGUGGGAUUAUUUAAACCUAUGUUUUACUUCAUUAAACUUUAUAAAAAUAAGAAAAAACUUUGGACAUGUCAAAUAAGAUUGCCUUAUGGUUACCUAUUUAUAGAAUAUAAAAAUCAAUACUAUUAUUGGGAAUUUGUUAGAUUUGUAGUCAAAUCAAUGUUUUAUAUCCUUUCUACGUUACUUGUUUAAGAAUUCAAAUUGCUAUUUUUAUUUGUCAUCUUAGUUUUAUUGGCAUAUUUAGAAUUAUUAAACAAAACCCUACCAUAUUUAGAUUAUAAGUUUAAUGUUUUAGACAAAGUUUCAACUUAGUUAGAAAUAGUAAGUUUAAUCUUAGCAUUUAUUUAAGAUGAUAACAAUAAUUAAUAUAUUGUAACAAUUGCAAAUAUUUUAAUAUCUCUUAUCAAUUUAAUUUUCAUUCUCUAUUUCAUUUAUAAAAUUCUUAUUGAAUUGAGUUUAGAAUAUAAGAAGAAGUUUUAGGAUAAAUUAAUUAUUAUUAUUAAUAGAUUUCCUUGGUUAGGUAAAUGUAUAUCAAAACCAGUUCCUUCUACGAUGCCUACUCGUAUUAAUUAUCUUUGGAAAAAAGCAAGAAUGCAUGUUUGUAAAUUUAUAAAUUAAAUCGGAAAAAAUAUAGAAACUAGAAGCCAAGCAUCAACUGCAUAAAGAGCUUUUGAUAAUAAAGAACCAACAUUGCUACUUACACUUAAACCAUAAUUAGUGAAAUACUUGUAAGAUUUUUUAAUUAAAUAUUUCAGGUAAUGUUCUCAAUCACAAACUAGAAUGUAUUAACCUGUAUAAUUACAAAGUUCUAAUUAAUGCAGCCAAAUUAUCUCUGUAAAUUAAAGUUAGAUUAUUGAAUAACAAUCUUCCAUUAAUGAAUCAUCACUUAUUUAGCAUUAACAAAUCUAAAAUAUUAAUUCAAAUGAGUUAUAGUAAUUAUAAAAUUCAGUACCUGAAGAGAAAAUUUAAAAAUGUACAUCCGUUAUAAUUUAGCCAAAUAAAAACGUUAAAAAAAUAAAAAAACAAAGGAUUUGA